AUGGUUGGUACUAUAGAGAUGAAGAAAGUUGCUAGGUCUUAUAUGGGAUGUCAGAAGUGUAAGAGUUUGAAGAAGAAAUGUGAUGAGGUGAAACCCCAUUGCGGGUACUGUAAGAAGCGAGGCUUCCAAUGUGAUUAUUCGCGUACAUUGAAAUGGGGCGGUCGUCCGUUUAAGGAUAAUAGGGUUUCCAAGAAGAUGAAGUUUGAGCAUACUUAUGUUGUCGAGGGAAUAUGUGCGGUGGAUUUGAACGCUGCCACUGGGAAACAGGCCACCAAAGUCAAGAAGAACAAGAAGAUGAUAACCAAGAAAACUGUGGUGGUAAAGGAGGAGGAACCAGUUCAGGAGAAGCAGCUACAAGAGCUGGUGCAGGAGCUGGAGAAACCGCCUUUAUCGGAGCCUGUGAUUGAGAUAGAGAGAGUGGAGGAAGAGGGUAAUUCUCCACAGCGGGUCAAUAUGGCUCUUGUUUCGUCCACACCACUGUCUCCUCUUUCUCUGUCUCUGUUCGAUGGGUCCAAGGAUGAAUUGGACGAUAGUAUCGCCGGCAGCCAGCGGAUCGGUGGUUUUCACAACGAUGAUGACGAUCUUGUGCAAAGCCUAGAUCUUGAAUUCUUUAUGCCUUCUAUUUCACUUCCAAGCUUGAUGAUUCCUGAUCUCCUACUGCAGUCACCAGAGAUGGCAGAAUCGUUUGAUUUCUUUGUGAACCAGACUUCAAAAUUGUUGGUUCCUGCCCCAAGCUCAAUUUAUACCCGUAACCCAUUCUUCAAUUUCUUACCCCGCAUGGCUAUGAGUAACACCGCAUUAAUGAACUUGUUGUUGGUGUUUGGAGCCAACCAUAAGCAUAAGAUUCUACAAUACCAGGAGUUAUCAAAUGGAGAUUCCUCUUUGGUGGCUAAUGACUUGUUGAUUAAUACUUUCACCAACCUUAUGGGUCAGUUAACCAAUUUUGAUUCAAGAAAUAGUGAUUCAACCUUGGCUACCAUUCUAUUGUUAGCUGCUUUCGACAUCUUCUUUGGUGAUAAGAAACAAAAAUGGAGAACGCAUGUUUAUGGCGCAAGGAAAAUCAUGAAGGAAAGGAUUUCUAACGAUACAGGAUCAGUAAUGUUGUCUAAUAACAGUGCAGAUGUGGAACAAGAGUAUUUCCUUUUAAGAUGGUUUGCUUAUACUGACAUCAUUUCGUCUUUAUCUUCAACGAAUUCAAUUAACAAUAUUCAUAAACUUACCACUUUGCGGUACGAAAUGGAAACCACUAUUAAGGACAGCUUGAUGCAGAAGAUGAUGUUAUUAAAAGAUAUCGAGUACUUCACAGGAAUGGAAGUAAUAUGCCUAUGGUUGUUAGCUGAGAUUUCUCGUCUGGUUAACGAGAAAGAAACUGCUACUAACAAUAUAUUCCCACAGGAUCUUAUUUUGAGAGCUUUGGAACUCGAUCAUAAGAUGGUUUCAUAUUUAAAGGCCAGCGAAUUGAAGAGAAACGAGAUAUUUCAGUCAUAUUAUCUUUCCAAGACUGACGCAAUCACAACGGAAAGCUAUGGUGCGUAUAGAAUUCUUCGGGCCACGAACCAGAUAUUUUCCCUUACAGGUGUGUUACAGUUGAAACGUAGAGUGUUGGGUCUCCCUCCGUCUAGUCCAAUAGUGAUAGAACUAGUGAAAAAUAUCACUGAAUUGAUAGAAACAUGGAUUGAGUUUGGCUCUUCUGCUGAGACAUGUAUUAUAUUUUGUAUUUUCAGUUGUGGAUGUGAAUUGAUGGCUCCUGAAUUACAUCACUAUAGGCCAUUGUAUCUGCAGCAUCUGCUCUCCUUGAUUCAAAAGGGUGUAUCAAGUGCUGAACAGGCUAGAAAUAUCGUGGAAGAAUGCUGGUCAUCAAAUAAACAAUGGUGGGAUAUCUUCAAGGAAAAGAGUUUAGAUGUUACGUUUGCACUUUGA